UAAGGUGUUAAACUCAGUUUGUACGUAUCCCAUCCCAACUUGUUUAUCAAGAUUUCCUAAAGUUUAAUAAUUGGAUAUAAUUAUUCUAAGCAGUCCUACGAAUUGGUUAUUUUAUUGAGUGACAUCACUAACCAUUGUGGAAAAAACGCAACACAAUAUUCUGUAUUUCAUUUAAAGUCAUUUUUAUCGCUGCUCUAUAGAUAUCUGUGACAAUAUUUUGGCUUGAAGUCCUUUCGAUAUUCGAUUAACAACAUCAUUAUGACAGAAAUGUGAAUUAGUUUAUAUUUUUUGUGUAUUUUUUCUUCCUCAAAUGAUCCAGAAUUGAAGAAUGGCGUUUACCGGAAAACUCCUGUUCUCUAUCGUGGCAUCAGCCAUAGGAUCAGCUUUUCAACAUGGUUACAACACUGGUGUAAUGAACAAUCCACAUCAAGUGAUGGCGAUGUGGUUGAACGAAACAAUGAUCGAUAGAGGGCAGGAUACCGACGAGCAGAAGGUGAAUUUGGUAUGGUCGGUUAUCACUUCCAUUUUCGCCUUGGGAGGAAUGAUUGGAGCUCUAGCAGUAGGAUUACUAUCACGAUUUUGCGGCCUUAAAUGGUCCCUUAUCCUCAACAACAUUUUGGUCAUCAUUUCCGCCGUUCUGGUGUUCGCUUCGAAGCUCACGGCUAUUUACGAACUGCUCAUCGUUGCCAGAUUUGUACUUGGUCUGAAUUCUGGAUUAUUUGCAGGUUUAUGUCCUAUGUACCUCAAUGAGAUAUCUCCUGUAGCUAAAAGAGGGGCUAUAGCAUCCGUUUACCAACUAGUCAUCACGAUAUCUAUCUUGGUAGCUCAACUACUCAGUUAUGAAAAAGUUCUUGGCAGCAGCAGCUUAUGGCCAUAUCUCCUCGGUGGUGUCAUCUUGAUUCCUUGUGUGUUUCAGUGUCUGACUAUGCCGUUUUGCCCGGAAUCCCCACGGUACCUGCUGAUCAUAAAGAAGAACCAGGAUGGUGCUCAGAAAUCGCUGAAGUGGCUCAGAAACACAGACAACAAUAACGAGGAGAUCUCAGAUAUGCAGAAGGAGGCUGCAGCUCAAGAAGCCGCCGGUUCGGUAACUUGGAAGGCCAUGUUUACUAAGAACUCCCUGAGGACGCCCCUCAUAAUAUCUCUGAUGAUCAUGCUGGCGCAACAGCUGUGCGGUAUCAAUGCAAUCAUCGUUUACUCCAAUGACAUAUUCCGUAAUGCUGGUUUGGAUGAAUUCUGGUCAGCUUUGGGAACCGUCAUCAUCGGUAUAGUCAAUGUCAUGAUGACUAUAGUAUCACUGGUGCUAGUGGACCUUCUCGGAAGGAAGACGUUGCUUGUUAUCGGUUUCAGUGGAACAACAAUCUUCAUGACCCUGUUGGCAGUCAGCAUUAAAUUCUCGGAAGAGUACACGGCGAUGGGUGUUCUCUGUAUAAUUUUCGUAAUUGGUUUCAUAAUAAGUUUCGCAACUGGACCUGGUUCUGUACCUUGGUUCUUGGUGACAGAGCUGUUCAAGCAAGAUGCCCGCCCAAAGGCAACAUCACUCGCAGUUUUCACGAACUGGUUUGCAAAUACUAUAGUUAUGCUAACCUUUCUACCGAUCAAGUUCUAUCUUGGAUAUUUCGUCUUCAUCAUAUUCAUUGUUUUCCAAGUAUUGUUCCUAAUAUUCAUCAUCUUCAAAGUGCCAGAAACAAAGAACAAAACCAUUGAAGAAAUAACAGCCCUCUACAAAGACUGAGAAAAAUUUUUUCAUGAAAAUCUGUAAUGAUAUCUUUUGAUUUCAAUUACUCCUUAGAAAAAAAGAGAACAAAUCUCCAGUUCUCUACUUUAUUUUGUAAAUAUAUAUUUUUCGAAUUAA